UUAGCGUUAAUUGUUCGCAGUAUCAAUCAAGUGUUCGAUCAAGUAUUACUAACAUGAAGUGUUUUACCAUUUGCGUUUUCGUUUUUGCUCUUGCCGUUGUCGCAAGAGCUGAUGAGGACUUAGUAGCAUCGGCAUCAGAAAAUUCCGAAAAUACACAGGAAUUAUCGGGAUCAGCAAGUAGUCUAAGUCCGUGGCAAGAAAAACAUCAGGAAAAACGUUAUGUUGGUGGUUACGCUGGUGUUGGUGGAUAUGGCACAGGUUUAGAUGCAGUUGGUGGCUACGGUUCUGGUUAUUAUAAUCCAUACCAAUCGAAAUUAGGUUUGGAUGGCUAUGCUGGUUAUCCAGGCUAUAACGGAUAUUCUGGAGGCUAUGGCGGUUAUGGUGGUUAUUCUGGACAAGGCGGAUAUGGUGGUUAUGGAGGUUACACUGGUGGCUACACUGGUGGCUACAAUUCAUAUCCUUACAACUCCUAUUAUAAUCGCUUAAGUGGAGCUUAUCCCUAUGCUCGUCCUGGCUAUGGCGGUUAUGGCAGCUAUCCAUCAAGCUACUAUUCCAGCAAUUAUGGCAACAGCGUUAUUGGUGGUGGUUUGGGAGCUUUGGGUACACCCGGCUUCGUACCACCCGUGUCUGGUGCUGCCGGUUAUCAAUAUGGUCCCGGUAUUUCCGGAACUGUUUAUUAAAUAGAUAAAAACAGUAUUUUUUUAUUUUUCAAAUUUAGAAUAAAUUUUGAAAUUUUUUACAUAAUUUAAAUAUACACGCAUAAAUCUAA